ACUGGCUAACUGUAUCGGAGGCUGGCUAACUGUAUCGGAGGCUGGCUAACUGUAUCGGAGACUGGCUAACUGUAUCGGAGGCUGGCUAACUGUAUCGGAGACUGGCUAACUGUAUCGGAGGCUGGCUAACUGUAUCGGAGGCUGGCUAACUGUAUCGGAGACUGGCUAGCUGUUUCGAAGGCUAGAUAAUUGUUUCGGAGGCUGGCUAUGGUUGUAAGCAUGGAGGAGGAGCAGAGUAGGAUACCAAACUGGUAUCCCAGCGAGAGUACAGGUCUGCACCAGGAGGACCUGGAGAACUAUUUCAAGGGGUCUUCAGGGGCAACUACAGUAGGAACAGGGGCUUCUGCAGUCUCAGGGGCACACUCAUACUUUACACAGGGGCUUCAAUCUGCUUAUUCAGGGGUACAAGCAGGACGAGAUAAUCAAUUAAGAACAUCUUUCUACUCUCCACUCAACUCUAUGUGGCAUUCCGCCUUAGGUUCGACCAGUAAACCGUACUGUUUGGAACCUAAAGUAGUUUACUCCUCUUCUGGUCAAACCUCCAACCUACCCGGCUUCUACUCAGCCUACCCUCCAACCCCUCCUAAGGACACCGUAUCCGAUGAUCCUGGCCGUCCCUCCAACUCUGAGGACUACCUCCAAUCCUCCGUCCCCUCCGUAUCCUCCAACUCCGAGGAUCUGAUGAGCUCGGAGUUAAAACCGAACCCUGAAUCCUUGAUGUUUCCAUCCUUUCCGUAUACCAGCAGGAAGCUUCAAGAAGGUAGUAAUGUUACCAACACAAACUUUACUGAUCAGGCAGUUUCCCCAGGGGGAACUGCUACCUAUGCUUAUUUCCCCCCUGGGGAAUCAUCUCUAUAUGGGGGAUAUUCCCCAACCUCUUCUGUUUUUAACAAAGGUCUGCAGUGUUCAAGGCAGCGUGCUAAAGUUCGAUCAAAUACUGAGGGUAGAGAGUGUGUGAACUGUGGUGCAACAUCUACUCCGUUAUGGAGACGGGAUGGAAAUGGUCACUAUCUCUGCAAUGCCUGCGGUCUUUAUUACAAAAUGAAUGGACAGAACAGACCUCUUAUCAAGCCCAAAAGAAGAUUGUCCUCUUCCCGACGGGAAGGAACAAGUUGUGCAAACUGUAAAACAACCGCUACAACUCUAUGGAGAAGGAAUCAGAACGGUGAACCUGUCUGUAAUGCCUGUGGUCUAUACUUCAAACUACAUAAUGUGGCGCGACCCCUUACUAUGAAAAAAGAUGGAAUUCAGACCAGAAAUAGAAAACUGUCAGCAAAAUCUAAAAAGAAACGUGGAACUGUAAUGGAUUUCUUUGCUUCUCCCUUUGAUACCAAACCAUUUGGAUUCAGUUCCCAUAUGGGAGGAAUGAGCGGCCAUAUUGGAAAUCCAAUGUCCAGCUAUUAUGGCGCCUCUAUGUCCAGCAUGGGCUUGGGCACAAACUUUGGUAUGGGAUCUAUGUACACAGGACAAACCGGGGGUCAUGGCAUGUCCCCGAUGUCGUCGAUUUCUCAAAUGCAAAUGUCCGCAGCUGGACUUACAAGUUCAGGGGGUGGUAUGUCUGGAGGUUUAUCGCACAUGUCCAAUUAUCCAACUAGCCCAUCUCCUCUGUCCGCUGCAAUGCAACAUUCAGUCAUAGGUGCUAUGACCUAGGUCGACAAAUGAUCUUUUGAUUUAGUGAUAAACUUUAUUAAUAAAAAAGACCAAUAAUGUCCAGUGAUUAGAAAUAAAGUCUUAACCAGGAA